AUGGCGAUGGUGGGGGGCGCCAAGGUGGUGGAGGGGGCGGCCAACAGUGCGGCCGUGCAGCAGUUGGCGCAGUGGGCAGUGGACGAGCAGAACAAGAAACAGAACACGGCACUGAGGCUGCAGGCGGUGGAGGGGGCGAGUGAGCAGGUGGUGGCCGGCACGCUGCACCGCAUCCGCCUCACUGCGCUCCUGCCCUCCGCCACCGCGCCUGCCAGUGCGCAGUAUGAGGCGGUGGUGUGGGAGAAGCCAUGGGAGGGCUUCCGAGAGCUGCAGUCCUUUGACAAGAUCGACGGCCCCUAG